AGCAGGAGCAGCAGCAGCAGCAGCAGCAACAGCAGCAGCAGCAGCAACAGCAGCAGCAGCAGCCAGCUCAGCGGUAGCGGGGCCGCCGUCGGGGUUCCUCCCCCUGGCCGGGCUCGCCGUCGGGCAGAGGGGCGCGGCGGGUGGCCGGAGCCCCGCGCCCCUAUGCGCCGUUCAACGGUCGCCGCCGCCGUCGAGGAGGAGCCAUGACCCUCAGCGCGGAGAUGUCCGAUGCCUCCGGCCUCGCCGACGAGACCGACAUCGACGUGGUCGGGGAGGAGGACGACGAGGAGGACGAGGAGGACGAGGACGAGGAGGAGGAGGAGGAGGAGGACGGGGAGCCUCGACUGAGGGGCAGCGGGCCGCGGCGCUCCUACACGGAGGAGGACGAGGAGGAGGAGGAGGAGGAGGAGGAGGAGGAGGAUGGCGAGGUGGCCAGGGAGGUGGCCAGGUCGCCCCCCGCCCAGGGCCCGGGCCAGGGGUCGGCGGGGGGCGGAGGAGGAGCGGGAGGAGCAGGAGGGACAACGGGCGUCGUCGGGGGAGCGGCGGCCGGGCCUAAAAACCCGCUGGUGAAGCCCCCCUACUCUUACAUCGCCCUGAUCACCAUGGCCAUCCUGCAGAGCCCCAAGAAGCGCCUGACCCUCAGCGAGAUCUGCGAGUUCAUCAGCGGCCGCUUCCCCUACUACCGGGAGAAGUUCCCCGCCUGGCAGAACAGCAUCCGCCACAACCUGUCGCUCAACGACUGCUUCGUCAAGAUCCCCCGCGAGCCGGGCAACCCGGGCAAGGGCAACUACUGGACCCUCGACCCGGAGUCGGCCGACAUGUUCGACAACGGCAGCUUCUUGCGGAGGAGGAAGCGGUUCAAGCGGCAGCCGCUGCCCGCGGCGGCGGCGGCGGCGGCGGCGGCGGCGGCCGCAGAGACGUUGAUGCUGCGGGGCGCGGGGGAUCCCGCCACGCUCUUCCCGCCCCCGCACCACCCCUACGCCUGCGGACCCUACAACUGCGGCUACGGCCUCCAGCUGCCGCCCUACCCUCCGCCCUCCGCCCUCUUCGCCGCUUUCCACCCGCAUCCCGCGCAUCCCGCGCAUCCCGCCCCAUCUCCACCGCCCUCCCACGGGGCUGCGGGGGCGGGGCUGCCUCCCGCCGCCGCCGCCGAGCUGGCCCGCACGGCCUUCGGCUACCGGCCUCCCCCGCUGGGCCCGUCCUUGCCCGCCUCCCUGCCCACCGCCAAGGCGGGGUCCGGCUGCGGGCUGGGCGUCGGGGGCGCCCCGGCCCGCUCGCCCUUCUCCAUCGAGAGCAUCAUCGGGGGCCGCCCGGGACCGCCCGCCGCCAGCUGCGCCUCGCAGGCCGCCGCCCGGGUGCCCUCCGGGAUGCCCUCCGGGGUGCCCUCCGGGGUGCCCGCCGGGGUGCCCGCCGCCCUGACCCGCUCCCUGGUGGCCGCCGCCUCGGGGACCCUGUGCCAAGGGGCGGCCCUGGCCUGCGCGGACGGCUUCGCCACCAUCUCUAACUGUUAAGCCUCAUGCCACACCAGUUCGGAGAUUCUCAGGUCCAGGGAUUGAAAAUCAAUAAUGUACAGAAGAAGAAGAAGGAAAAAUAAUAAUAGUCCCGCGGGACGACAGCCAAGCAAUACUUUUUCUCUCUCUCUCUCUCUCUCUCUCUUCGUUUUAGGUACUUGUUCGAUGUACUUUUUUAUAAAAAGGGAAAAAAAAUGAUUAACGUGUUUACACAGAAGGAAAAAGUCAAGGUUAUCAUUCCUUAUUUUAACCUGUGUUUUGUAUUAUAAUAGACUUACGGAAUUUUUAUUUUGUACUUCACGCGUAUUCUUUGCAAGGAAUAUUGUAAAAUUUACUGGCAAGUAUUAUUGUACCAUUCUAAUGUAAGAGUUUUCGCAUUUUCGGAAAUAAAAUUUUUAAUUUUCAAAGAAAA